AUGACUAGUACUACAACUGAAAGCACGAUAAAAAUAUUAAGAAAUGCCAGAUUCGGAUUUCCUAAGAUAAUCGUUCUGAGAGCGGACCACAAUUCAGCAGCAAAGAUUUCAAUGAUUUUUGUGAAAAAAAACGGGAUUCAAUUAGUGCACGGAAGUCCAUACCAUCCUCAGGCAAACGGCAUAACCGAACGUUUAGUUCUAACCUUUGAACAGAGCAUGAAUAAAAGAAACGAGGGGGAUUUAGAAACCAGUCUAGCUAUUUUUCUCUACAAUUACCGAAUAGAAACUGAACAAAGUCCCGCUGAAAUACUAUUAAAAAUUAAACCUAGAGGAUUGUCAGACCAAAUAUUUGAAAGGGGGAACAAAAAGGAGAAGUUGGAAUACUACACUCAAAAAUUCGAGAUAAAUGAAAAAGUGUGGUGGCGCCUUUACAAUGAAGAAAAAAAAUGGGGAAAAACCAUUAUUAAAAGCAUACUCGGAUCAUUACGAUAUGAAGUAUAG